UGGCAAAUUGCAGUGAGAUAUGAGAUAAAUCCAGAGACGUCAGUGGAUUUUCGCCGGAAAUCAAUUAGAAAAUACGUUGAGGCAAAGUAUUUUAAUUUAAAUAAUGGGGUCCAGGUUAGGAUUCCGAAAGAGGGGCUUCUAAAUUCGGAUUAUAAAAAGGAGCAUUUAUUUACAAAAGCCUUGAGAUUUCUAAAUGGAGGAGUUCAAAAAGCCUUUAUAGUGAAAGGGUGUAAAUGGAAAGUUGUGAAUGGGAUAAUAGAAGAGGUGGGUUUUUCGCAAUUUUAUUAUUUGACACCUGAAACAUACUGAAUGGUGCGCUACAAUAGUAUGUUUAUUGGAGGCAUAACGCUUUAUCUUCCCAAAAAUUGGACAAAAAAUGGCAGCAAGUUUUGCCUAAAUGCGAAACGGGCGGCACGCGCGCCGCCACUUUGUGAAAAGGGGAUUGGAGGCUCCUUUCUCCUAUAGAGGAAUACAGUAUGGUGUGAUGGACAAUGUCCUUUAUCCCGAUGGAAGAAUAUAACAUCAAAAGAUGUUAAUAAUAGAAAUCUUAAUCAUCUAAAAAGAAAGGUGCAUGGACGAAGUAAACAAGGUGUGAAGAAAUGCCGACUAGAAAUUAAUGAAGAACCGUUGAUUGAUGAUAUGUCUGUACAUACGGAAAGUUCGUCAUCAUAUGAAAAUAACGGGGAUUUCAAAGCUACUGUUUAGCAGUGUUGUUUCCAGAGAAAUUAAUAAUCUACAAUGUGCAGCUCAUGGAAGACUCGGUUCAACUUGGUGAUAAAUGCCGCCUGGAAGUUGAAUACGAGCACCAACUGCCUUCGGUAGCGAUGUCCUUAACUAUUGGAGCAUUCGGCGGUGGACAUGAAAGAGAUUUCCUCUGUGUGCAGUUUGUUAAUGGCACACUUUUGUUUCUUGAACAAGAAAUUUAUUCUUUUUCGCGAAUUCUUAAAAAUCGUCUACACCAUGAGCCCUUAGUAUAUCUACAAGCUACCGACGUAUUUGUUACGCAGAAUGCAGAUUGGGGCUUGGCUUUUUACAAAUACCAAAGUCUUGCGGAAUUGGGAAGGAACAAGAAUGAAUCGAAAGUUUCAUGGAUCGCAGAACCUGACCGGACGUACAAAUUAGGAGAAGCUAUCCUAACAAUCGAUUCUGUCACGCUCAGUACUAUGGAAACAGGAAUUAUUGUUAUGAGUGAGAGAAACCUAUACUUCUUUAAUGACACUCAUUUAUCAGUUAAAUUUACAAAAAGGCAUGCGUACAACGUGUUAUGCAGCCAAUCUUACAUUAUGGAACCAGAUGGCAAGCUAUUCUUUAUUGUGGUAACAGAUACAAAAGCAGUUAUGAUUUACGAAGGAUCAUCUUUAAUAUGGUCCGCUGAAUUACCUUUUGUACCUAUAGCUGUUACCGUGACACGCUGGCAGGGGAUUGAGGGGCUCAUUGUUAUUCUUUCUGAAGAUGGACAAGUGGAAGUGUGCUUUUUAGGGACCCAGGCAUCCCUAUACACAGCUCGAUGUGCUCAUCGAAGGCAGUGCAAUUAUUUUAAUGCUGAGCGUGAAAUUGCGGAUCUCCGAUUGCUUAUCAGAAAAUGUAUAAAUUAUGGUAAAGAAAACAUUCCAAAAGUAUACACAGACCUCGAAGUUCAGGUUACUGCAGAUAUGAAUCCGCUUUAUAGGAAUAAGAUAUCAACAAAAUCAACGCCGAGUAAACAAAAAGGUUUAACGCUUAUAAAUAAUGUGAAUAUUAAAUCUGAUACAUUUAUAAGCAACAUUCAAGUGUACGUCGAAACGUUAAAGCCAUGUAUAAUAGUCAACGACAAUUGGGCAUUAUUCAAUUUGCGUGGACAAUACAUCUGUCAGUCAUUAAUUAUAUUUGGAAGUGAAACACCAAUAUUAUCUGCGGAACUUGAAAUUAUAGUGACAUAUGAAAAUGACGAUUGUGAGACCCAUGUAAUGAAGAAAGACCUUCUAUUGUCCGUACAGAAAGUUUGUACAGCAUGCUCUCCAAUCAUUAUGAGAUAUUUUAAAAUUUCUAUCAGAAAUUAUGAACUCGUCGAUUACAUCUUUAAGCAAUUAUUGAGUGAAUUUAAAAGAAAUUUUCCUCACAAAAAAGCUUCAAAUGCAUUUAGUUUGGGACUCUUUCAACAGGAAGAUGUGGUAACAUUAACUUUCGACUUGCCUAUGAACGAAAUUCAUAUUCAUUCUAACGAUGAAUUGGCCACGUUACUUGUAAUCAAUCAUUGUAUUAAAAAAAUGCCUGAUAAAGGAACUGAAAGUCUUUAUAUCAAUAUUGAACAAGAUAAAAUGCAUCUUAUUUUCGAUGUUAUGAAGGCCUAUUCGAAUAGUUGCCUCCGAAGUAAAAAUAUAAAGAAGGAGAUGAGGCUGUUAACUUCACAAUUGAGAAAUAUUAUAAGGAAAAUGUUACACAUUAAAGAACGAAAUUUCCAGCUGUCAACAGAUACUGAAUUAUUGAUGGUUUUGAACAUAUCAUGCCAAAAAACUUUCGCGAUGGUAGAAAAUUUUAUAGACGCUGAAAUGAAACAGAUUCAAGCAGCCAAUAGCCUUUACUGCAUACUGAAACUAAUAUUGAACAUUCAAUCGUUCAAUUCACAUGAGGACAUAUGGGUAGAUUUGGAAUCGGCAAUUGGAUUCCAACUGCAAUCAGAAAUUGAAAUCACAUGGGAAGAUGUGACAAAAUACGCUCUUGGUACAAUAUUUGGAGAAAAAUUAAACUACCUAGAAGAACAACUUGUUCCUAUAUCUUCUGAGAAAUUCGACAGAACAAAAAGUUUAAUAAUAAUCGGAAAAUUAUUUUCAAGCAUUAUUGAGCGUAAUAUUCUCAUCGCAAAAAAAUUUGUUAACUAAGUCAAAUCUAAAAUCGAACUAACGUCAAAAUGCUUAUUUAAACACAUCAUGAGAAUAUGAAUAAUACCUAUAUGUGACCAUGCGCGAAGAAAGGGACCUUACGCGCCAAACAUGAAUUUUACAGUACGAGCGAUCGUAGCCGAGUCCGCAAGCAGGCAUUUUAGUAGUGGGGAAGGCGUCAACGAAAAUCACCAUCAGCACUUAUCACUAAAGAAACGCGCAAAGAGACAAGGAACGGUAAAGCCGAAGAAGCACGAGCCAAUGGAGCUCGCGGACACAGCGCAUUACAGCUGUAGUGGUAAGUAGUGGGGCUGGAUUUCGUAAGUCUCUCGUUCAAUGUUCGACUACGUUUAUCAUGCCUAUGUUUGCAGCUUAAUAACAAAAAAAGUAAUCAACUUAGAAAAUGUUUGAUUUUUGCAAAUGAAAGAGCAACUCAAGAACUAUCGAUUGGUGUAAAAACCUAAAAAUCGAUUUUUGGCGCGUAAAGUCCCUUUCUUCGCGGACAGUCACAUAUAAAUACCCAACAAACGCGUCAUGUAAUUGCUCCAUAACGAAGCGUGAACAUUGUUAUAUCUGGUUACAUGACAUAUUGUAUUGUUCAGUGACGUACUCGUUCUGUAAAUGGAAGGCAACAAUAACACAACCACACAAAAAAAAGUGUGCGGAUCUGGUAACAAGAUUCACGUAUUCCUAUGGAUUUUGGGGCGCUGAAUUA